GCUGGGAUUUACAAGUGUGUGCCACCACAUCUAGCAUCAUUUUGUAGUUUUUCUGAUGCCAUGACACAUGUCAUUUGUCCUUUUCUUAAAAUUCCUAUUCCUGACUUUCUGGUAAAUAUCCAUCUACUUCCACAUCAAGCCUUGGCACUUUGAAAAGUCUUUUCUAGUCGUGCCUCUGUCCCUACAGAGCUGAUCAUUUCCAUCUUUGUAAUCUACUAGAUGCCCCACCCUAUACACUGUACAAACCUCUACUAAAGGUUGGAUUUGUCCUGGGCUCCAGGAAAUCAGAGAAAAAUGUUUUGAUGUGCAAGAAAUUGAAUGUAUGUGGUUAGUUGAGAUUUAAAUAUUGACCAUCCUGAAAUUCCAGUUUUGAGUGUUACAUUUCCACUUCUCUUACUAGACCAACAAACUCUGUGGGGCUAGGUACCAAACCUACUCACCUUGCACUGGAAAGGCUUCAAUAAGGCUACAUGCAUGUAUGAAUGAGUAUCAAUUUUAACAGAAGUUAGUGAAGCACCUACAGCCUCGCCCCUGUUGCAGGAGACAAACCCAGAAAACCAAAUGGUAACCUGGUGAAAUCUCUAGCUUUACCUUCUAUUUUUGCUUUCCUAGAGAAAAGGCAUUGUUACAAUGCAGAUAGCAACAGCUAUUAUUUAAUAGUGCCUCACAGCUUGCAAAAUGUCCAGAGGAGAACCAUGAAGUACAGAAAGGGUGUGAUUUGUUAGAGGUUGGUAACACUGUGCAUAAACAGUUGAGUGGGACUGAUUCCAGACCCUCUGCUCUUUUUUAUCAUUGCACACUGUCCUAGAUAUGUUUAUCAAUAUGAGAUUUAAAGAAUUACAAAUUCCUUUUUCCUCUAUUGUCCUCAUUCUCUCGCCACAAAGAACUCAUUUAUUUUAUCACACAUACACAUUGUGUGAAAAACUCUUUGUUUCAUUUUCCAUGUGAACUGCUAAUUUCAAACAAAGUAGCUUAGAUCCCUGAGUUCUGGGAACUUAAGAGUCUUCAGACAAGUAAUACUGAAUCAGAGAAAAAUGUUUUUGAUGUGCAGGAAAUUGAACAAGUGUGUGGUCAGUUGAGAUUUAAAUAUUGCAUAUGAUUCAUUUGUUCAGUAGUCUUUGUUGAGCCAUCUCUCUAACAAGGCACUGAAAGACUGUCAUUUUAUUUUCUUGGGGCCAGGGAUUUAGCUCUGUGGUUUCGCCGCCUGCUGUGCAAACGCAAGGACCUGAGUUCAAUCCCCGGUACCAAAAAAAAAAUACACAUUUUCUUUUCUCAUAAGGGUCACAGGCAAGUGGGAGAGACAGAUAUUAAUCAGAAAUGCCUACAGAAGAGAAUGAAUUAUGUCACAGGUGCAUCGGAGGCCAUGUUGGAAAGAUCAAGAGGCCUCGGUUUAUAACCUGUGUGACCCAGAAAGUUACUUCCUCUGACUGGGCUCUAUUGUUUUCUAUUAUAAAAUGACCAGCACUGAGCUGGCUGGUCUCUUAGUUCCUUCCAGCUUACCAUUGCCUUUGAACUAUGAAUGUGCUUUUGUUAAAACAGUGAAUCAGGAGCUAGAGAAGAAAGCACCAUUCCUUUGUGUGAACCAAUUAUUGAACAACUCAUGAAACAAAUGUUUCAUUUGUUAUCUCUGUAAGCAGAGAAUUCAGGCUCAGAAUAUUCAUAUUGACUGCCUUAGUCUGCUGUGGAAAACACGCACAUACAUCCCAGCAGUGCUUGGAUUUUAGUGGAUCCCCUUACCACCUUUAGGCUGUUGUGACGGUUGAGUGACUAAAACCUUUUUGUUUUGUGAUCAUAAAAAUCAUCAGCCCUCAGGGGCCGGGGAUUUAGCUGAGUGGUUCUGCCUCCUGCCUUGCAGGUGCAAGGUCCCAAGUUUGAUCCCCAGUACCAAAAAAAAAAUCAUCAGCCCCCAGUAGUUGUAUUUGAUAUAUAAAAUGGGAAUAAUAAUCCAGAACUUCUUCAUAAACCCUUGGAGGCACUGAGCAACGAAGCAAAUGUUCAUUGAGUAUGGACUACUUGUACGUUGCUAGGGUACAGUACAAAUGGGAAUAACCCUGCCCUAGAGGGACUUAUGGCUUGGGGAUAGAAAAGAGAUUAUCUGUGUAAGAAACUAUUAUUAGUGCCGUCAUAAAAGUUUGUCUAAGAUUGAGGUACAAAUGUAAGAAUGAUUAGUUCUACUGGCUGGUGGGAGGGGAAAUCAAGAGACAACCUAGAAUAGGUAAAAAGACCUUAGGUUUGGAAUUAGAAGACCUGCAUUUUUAGUAUCUUAUUAAAUUAUCUCUACUUCUUAGAGCUCUAUAUUCGGUAUGUAUUUGAUAUUUUUGAAUCUUGGUUGCCUCAUCUAUCUAUAUUAAUUGUUUUGAGAAGGCCUUGCCAUGUUGCUCAGGGUGGUCUUGAAUUCCUGGGCUGAAGCAAUCGUUCCACCUCAGCCUCCAGAGUAUCUGGAUGUCAGAUUUUAUCAUGUGGGCAACCUGCUGCAACUGGUUCUGCCUGGAUGGACAGCCUGAGGAGGUCCCACCACCACAGGGAGCCAGGGCACAGGCCUAUUCCAACCCAGGGUACAGCUCCUUCCCUUCCCCAACAGGCUCUGAACCGAGCUGCAAGGCCUGUGGGGCCCACUUUGCAAGCACAUCCCGGAAGCAGCAGACCUGCUUGGACUGUAAGAAACAUUUCUGCAUGACCUGUUCAAGCCAAGAGGGGAAUGGGCCCCGCCUCUGCCUUCUCUGCCAGCGGUUCAGAGCCACAGCCUUUCAGCGGGAAGAGCUCAUGAAGAUGAAAGUGAAGGACUUGAGGGACUACCUCAGCCUCCAUGACAUCUCUACCGAAAUGUGCCGGGAGAAAGAAGAGCUGGUGUUCUUGGUGCUUGGUCAGCAACCUGUAAUCUCUGAGGAGGACAGGACUCGUGUCCCCACCUUGUCCCCAGACUUCCCUGAGCAGCAGGCCUUCCUGAGUCAGCCUCACACCGGCACAGUACCUCCUACCUCACCCAGCCUCCCUUCUUCGCCUGCACAAGCCACCUCUGUUCCCCCAGCCCAGGCUCAGGAAAAUCAGGGAACAAAGGACAAAAAUUAUCCACUUAGGAGCAGGCAAGUCUCUGAAAGACUCCAAAGCAAGACCAAGGCGACACUGUCUAGGAGGAUCCAGUGGGCUAUAAAGCUAGAGAAAGCUAGAGGUGUUGGCGAAGACGUUUUGGACACGUGCCCAUAUGCCAAUGGCCGUAUGUCUCAGGACCAAGAGGACACUGUCUACCUGGAGAGCACAGCCAGAGCACCUGCUGAGGAUGAGACCCAGUCCAUUGACUCAGAGGACAGCUUCGUCCCAGGGCGGAGGGCCUCGCUGUCUGACCUGACCCACCUGGAGGACAUUGAAGGCCUAACAGUGCGGCAGCUAAAAGAGAUCCUGGCUCGCAAUUUUGUCAACUACAAGGGCUGCUGUGAGAAGUGGGAGUUGAUGGAGAGGGUGACGCGGCUAUACAAGGAUCAGAAAGGACUCCAGCAUCUAGUAUGUGGUGCUGAAGACCAAAACGGGGGAGCAGUGCCAUCUGGCCUAGAGGAGAACCUGUGUAAGAUCUGCAUGGACUCACCCAUUGACUGUGUUCUGCUGGAGUGUGGACACAUGGUAACCUGUACCAAGUGUGGCAAGCGCAUGAAUGAAUGUCCCAUCUGCCGGCAGUAUGUGAUUCGAGCUGUGCAUGUCUUCCGAUCCUGAGGGCUUGCACCAGCUUCGUCAGUGCCUUACAGGGAUAUAGCCCAGUGUAUCUGGGCUCAGGGUUGGUCAGCUUGCAGAGAGGCAAGCUAACUGAAGAAAUUCUGUAGUGUUCCCAAGACAAAGGCAAGCAAAGAUGCUCUGUCAUCCCUGGGCAUGCCUGUCUGGUCUGGCAUGCCUCUCUUGGCUGGCAGAGUGGCUGAGGCCAAUCGGAACUGCUACAUGACAUGGGUGAGUGCCUAUUUCAGUGAUCUGGGGAGUAAGGAUGAUAACUGAUGAACAGCCUUUACAGAACCUGGAACAUGUCUUCCUCCUCUGAAAACCUAGAAACAUUUUUGCUCUUCUGUAUCCCACUCAUCCCCUGGAAAUGCUUGCCUAUAUUUCACCAGUCAGAAGUCCUGCUAGAAAUGGUUCCUUCCUCCUCUGUACAUCUGCAUUUAAAUUUGGUUUCUCUGGCUUUCUGUGUUUUAACAUAUCUUUAAAUGUCUCUUGGUAUCUUGCCUAAAAUCCAUGUUUCUGUGGACCAAAAUAUAUUGCUUUAUCAAACCAACUGUGGUCCUUAGGACAGUUUGGAACAGUGAACUUUUCUUUGGUGAGAAAUGAAACACAAAUGUUAAGUUGUUUUGAGUUGCUUCUUUAAGUGUCGGGAUUGGAAAUCAUCAGACUUGCCCUGUCCCUGGGAGCCAACAAAGCAUGUUUCCCAAACUGCUGAGAAAUUCCAGAAUCUGUGUGCAAAGGAUGUGCAUGGAUUAUCUCUGCUGCUUUUUCUUUUGUGGCUUGACUUUGCACCAUCCUUUACUUCAAAUUGUAAGGGUGAAGCAUGGGGUAGAGGCAGUGGCCUUCUGUUUAACUUUGGCUUCUGCUUUUUCUAGCUGGCAAGGGUGUUAAACACUUUUAUAAGCCCUUCCCUUUUCCAAGGUUCUUAAUCUUGGUCUCAUCAAAGGCAUAGAGACUUUAGGCAAGGAGUCUUACUCUUUUUGAACUUCUCAUGAAGUUCAGUACAGAGGUAUAAGGCAGAGUAGCUAAGAGGUACUAGAAAAUAAUAAGGCUGAAUUCUGCCGCACUUUCAUUUCUUUCUCAGUCCAUUGAUUUGGGGGCAAGAUGAAAGAUCUUUUGGCCCUUUACAAAGGAUCAGGUAAUGAGUACUGAUGCUUUUUGAGCCCUCUUCAGGAUCUUUACAGCACUGGAGAAGCUGCAAGGCUUCAUAGAGAAGCUCAGCAAAGCACAAAACACCAUGCUCUCAGAAGAGCUGUGUCUAUUACCAAUGGAUGAACUGUGGGACACCCCCCACCCCUAUACACACUGCGCAGCUGAGGUCUAGACUAGAAGGACCAGUUGGCUGGAAAGCAGAAGGAAGCUUCUAGCAGGACCUAUUACAUUGGUACAUACUUAUGCUUUCCCUCUAUGAACCACUAAACACCACUAGGGGGAAUUAAUUUCAUAAAGUAAUUGUCAGUGGAACACUGGGCCACUUACCUGGACAUUGUACUAAGUCCAGAUGGUCUCAUUUUGGGUGCCUUUGUAGGAAUUGGGGAAUCAAGACAUUCUCCAAUGAAGACUUGCCUUUCACCUUUCUGCUAGAUAAUAAGUACUGUAGUUUUUGAUGCCUACCAAUCUAUCAAAGGAUCACUGGAUCAGCUGCUCAAUUCCACUGUGAAACAGGUCUGCAUAUAUGCAACUUAGUUAAGAUCUAGCAAUAACUUCAAGGCAGACACUAAGCUGGCUUUCUCCCUCCUUACAACUUGCUCCCUCUGAAGCCUGACCUCCCCUACUACCUCCAGCUUCCUCCUAGACAGGAACCGAAUAUUCUGCUGGCUGGUUAGUAAACUCAGCAGGAAUUAGAACUGAUAUCACUUACUCAUUUUGAAAGAACUUGCCUUUAAAACUAUCUUUUGGUGGUUUCCAUUUGGGAAAAAAGAUGUCAAACAACCCUGAUUUUUUGUUAUCUUUAUUAUUAUACCAAAUAAAAGUUGGCAGUUUCAA